UUUGAAAGGUCUGUUGAUGGCGACUGCUUAUACACGUGUGGUUAUUCCUGUGCAAAAUCUGUGUUUGGGGACAGAUCUGCGAGUUUAGACAUCUUAUCACCAGGUUGUAAGCCAUAGAAGCCGACCACCAUGGGGGCAUAUCUUUCCCAACCCAAUACGACCAAAACUUCUUCUGAUGGCGGCAACAGCAAAAUGAGCUACGGCUUUUCUGCCAUGCAGGGCUGGCGGGUCUCCAUGGAGGAUGCUCACAAUUGUAUCCCAGAGCUUGACGAAGAAACAGCCAUGUUUGCUGUGUAUGAUGGACACGGAGGUGAGGAGGUGGCCUUAUACUGUUCCAAGUACCUCCCUGAGACCAUCAAGGAGCAAAAAGCCUACAAAGAUGGCAAACUGCAGAAGGCACUAGAGGAUGCCUUCCUGGCCAUCGACAGCAGAAUGACCACAGAGGAAGUCAUCAAGGAGUUGGUGCAGAUUGCUGGCCGGCCCACAGACGAGCCAUCCAGUGAGAAGGUGGCAGAAGAGGAUGACUUGGACACAGAGGAGGCCGCUCUGCUCCACGAAGAAGCUACCAUGACUAUAGAGGAGCUGCUUGUACGCUAUGGCCAGAAUGACAAUACUGUCAAACAUGCUGCUGCACUCAGUGUGGCUGCAAAAAAGGCCUCCUGCCCACAUGCUGGGGCUGCAGGAGACGAGGAAGAGGGUGAUGGUAGUGUGCAGAAGAAGGUAGGAUUAAAUGGAGAGGUUGAGGAGGAUAGCAACGGAAAAGCCAAGGAAGUAGCAGGGGAAGGCGGAGCAAGAGGUUGCAAGCUGCGAGCCAUUCGGAGAAUGGGAGGAGGCGGUGAUAGCAGUGAUGGCUCCUCUUCAGCUGGAGCAGACAGUGGAGGUUCAGGAGGCACCAGCAGAGGUGAAAAGGCAGAAGGGGAUGCAGGUCCUUCCUGUUCAUCUUCUUCCUCCCAGGCUCCAGGAGACACCAAGUCCAGGUUCUUUGAUGACAGCGAGGAGUCAGAGGAGGGUGAAGAGGAGGAAGGCAGUGAUGAAGAGGAUGGCAGUGAGGAGGAGGAGGAGGGUGACAGCAGUGACAUGGAGGAAGAGGAGGACACAGAAGAGGGGGAGGAAGACUCUGAGGAUGAAGAUGAGGAAGAAAUGUGCCUACCCGGGAUGGAUGGCAAGGAGGAGCCUGGUUCAGACAGUGGCACCACAGCAGUUGUGGCUCUGAUCAGAGGGAAGCAGCUGAUUGUGGCUAAUGCUGGAGACUCACGCUGCGUGGUGUCUGAGCGUGGCAAGGCAGUAGACAUGUCAUAUGACCACAAGCCAGAAGAUGAGCUGGAACUGGCACGCAUUAAGAAUGCUGGAGGGAAAGUUACCAUGGAUGGACGGGUCAACGGUGGACUCAACCUAUCCAGAGCUAUUGGUGACCACUUCUAUAAAAGGAACAAGGCAUUGCCGCCAGAGGAGCAGAUGAUUUCAGCGUUGCCAGAUGUUAAAGUUCUGACGCUCAACGAGGACCACGACUUCAUGGUCAUUGCCUGUGAUGGCAUCUGGAAUGUGUUAAGCAGCCAGGAAGUGGUGGACUUCAUCAGUGAGAGGAUCAAACCAGACCACAGAGGCAAAGUCUUGCCUCUCCCCACCAUCGUGGAAGAGCUCUUGGACCACUGCUUGGCCCCCGACACAUCCGGAGAUGGAACAGGAUGUGACAACAUGACUUGUAUGAUCAUUACCUUCCGGUCACACCCCCUCUAUACACCCACCCAAUCAGAUGACACAAAAAAGAGGAAGCAGCUGGAAGGGGAAGGGGUCGAGCUAGAGCUGGAGAAGAAUGGAAAUGACAACAAAAAGGCUAAAAGUGACUAAAAGCAAAGAAACUGUUCCACAGGAAGCAACUAGCCCCAGUGCUCCCCCAGAAAUACCAGAGACACGUUCUGUUCCAAGUUAGAUCCAUCCUAAAAAAAAAAAAAGGGUAAAAAAAUUUAUCCAUAUGGAUUAAACAUCAAUUGAACCAAGGUCAUAGGCAUAAUUUACUUUUGAUCUUAGUUAUAGGAUUUUUUUUUCUUUAAUAUCCUACCCUCGUUUUCUUUGUUUGGUAUUGUAAGAAAGAAGCUGGACUCUGUUUUACUUCCCACAGCUCAAAAAAUGCAGAAAAGUCAAAACCUUUCACUCAUUGCCUGUUACUGAGACUGUCUCUCACAGAUUGGUUUUUAAUAAGCAUUCCCAUCACUUAAUUGUUGUUAAUGAGUUGGCCCACCCCUCAUCAGCUGUUAUUAGCACAUCAUUCUCAGUGUGUAAGUGACUAGAAAAAGCUACUAAAGAAAAUAGGUCCAAACAGGCAGCAAAAAUGUUUCCACAUAUUUCCAAACACAUUUUCGAUAUGCUGCAUGAUCACUGGAGAGGCAAUACACUCUACAAUGUUCUUGUUAAAUCAUAAAAAUCUUACUUUCCAUUGGAUGAUUAUGAAGGUACCAACAAUUGAACUCUUGAGGAUGGCUCUAAUAGUGUUGUGUAUCACCAGAUUUUAACAAGUUAAUUGCUCAUUUUGUAACAUAAUGUGUGCUGUACAAGGCUGUAAUACAUUUCCAUCAUAAAAUACUGCACAACCCUCUCUUGGGUGUUGUGUCCAAGUUUGUGUUCUCCUAACCUGGACAACCCAAAUUUCAUGUACAUAAUGCAUAACUACAAUUGGGCUUUGCAGAUGCAAUAUCUCACCAACUAAAACAUUGCUAUCUGGCACUUGUUAUAUCCAACCCAGAGUUUCUUUCUGGGAUGCAAUUCCUGUGCGAGUUACAGUUGUGGACCUGACUCUUUCAUACGGUGGAGCUGAAGGAUUUUGGGCACUAGACCUGUGGCUAUAGUUUAUUAUCAUCUUUGUUUUUUUGUCUUUCUAAUUAUUUUAAACAACCUUCAUACUCUGGCAUGUGAGGAAGGUUUUCAAAGAAGUAAUUCCACCUCCUUUAUCCCAGGCUUGUUGGACACAACUCCCAUUCAAAUUGAUCUGUCGUCUCAUUCUUCCCCCCCAUUGUUGCUUGCUUCAAAUCUUUUGUCCUUGCCCAAGCUUAUAAAUGCCAGCCAGGGGUUAGUGAGCAAGUACGCUUUUCACCUUUGCCUGAGAUCUAAUGCUGCCCUGAUUCGCUGCUGUAGCAGAAUACCCCAUGUGCAGUCCUACCAAAGGAAGCCUGCCACUAGUGCUCAACCCUCCUCUGUUAUGUUUUGUUUGUUUUUCCCCAUUCUGUUCACCAUUUUCUGUUGUAGCCUCUUCUAAAGACUGGUCCUUAGGCUGUCGUGUUUUAGGUAAAGGGGAAUUCCACUUGUUCUUUUUUCUUUCUUUCUUUCUUUUUUUUUUUUUUUUUUGCAUGUUUCUUGAGUCCGUCCUCUGACGAGUUUUUAACAUCUAUUUUUGUGGAAACAAUAAACUUUGUAGUUUCAUAGCUCUGGUAUUGAAAAUAUUCCCAUUAAGGAAUAUAAGAAGACCAGACUGGGGAAAAAUGUGUGGAAGUAAACUUCUGAGUGGAACUACCUUUAAGUCUAGAGCACGAAGACAAUGUAACUGUUAAGAACAGACAUCUUUUCUUUUGUUACCGAAGGCCCGUUUUGAAACAUUUUAUGUGACUGUUCGUCUCUAGUGUAUCUUGUCACCAUACCCUUUUUUCUGUACAUAGUUUUUUUUUCAAUACUUGUAAUUGAAGAAAAAGAACAUGCAUUUUCUUUGUAAUUGUGAAUCUGUGACAUUUUUGGUGCAUACUCUUUUGACACCAGUAUGUAAGUACAUACAAAUACAUUUUUUUAAAUAA